GUGCAACCACAUACGAAGUACCCACCAAGCCUAGGUACCGCUCGCUCGACCGAUCGACUAAGUAAUUUCAUUUGAGCAAUUGAUAUCGGGUAAAAGAAGGUGAGCUUCGAUCCCGUAGGUUUGACCAAUUUCCCGAACACGCAGCCAGCCAAUCAUGACAGCUGAAGAAACGGUCGUCGCGGGCGGCGCCAACCAAGAGAGCGGUUCCUACGUGUCUUCGGAGGAUGAUGGUCAUACGUCAGCGUCGUUUUCUACGCCUGGAAGCGGCAGUGGGAGCAACGACUCGGACUGUGGAGGGGAAGGCCGCGGUCGCCGCCAGCAGCGGGAUCAGAAGGGAGAGGACGGCGAAGAGGGGUGGGGGGAGAGUAUUCCGCUUGUGCAGAGCCACCCCCACGGUCUCGGGAUUGGUUCUGCUGGAGGUGUUUUCGAUGAUGAGGAUGAAAAUGCUGUUGAUGACGCCUACAGUUACGAACUCCAGGACCUUGGCGCCGCGGGGAAAUGGUACCACGACGCAGUCGCCGACGAACGACAGUAUGGCGACCAUGUUCCUGUGGCUGGUUCGAGCUCUCGAAGCAGGCGGCUGAGCCAGAGCACUGUCGCUAGCUUCCAGCUGUACACGCCUGACGAGGAGCAGGCCGUUGUGCGUAAGCUGGACAGGAAGCUGGUGCUGUUCUUGGCGCUUUGUUACAUGGUAUCUUUUCUAGACCGAUCCAAUAUCGGCAAUGCGCGCAUCGCUGGCAUGGAAGCCGAUCUACAGACUCGGCCACCAAGGAGCGAGUGGUAUGAGUGGUCGCUUACGGCAUUCUAUGUUGCCUACAUCGCGUUUGAGUGGAUGAGCUUGCUGUGGAGGAUUAUACCCGCGCAUAUCUUUGUUUCGAUGAUCGUGCUCUCAUGGGGCCUGACGGCGUCACUGCAGUCAGUGGCUACGUCGUAUCCCGUUCUCAUAUUUUUGCGGACUUUGUUAGGGAUUGGUGAAGCAGCUUUCACCGGCGUGCCAUUCUACCUCUCCUUUUUCUACAAACGAACCGAGUUAGCAUUUCGAACAGCCAUUUUUAUAUCAGCCGCACCACUUGCCACUACCUUUGCCUCAUCCCUCGCCUGGCUUAUCCUCAAAGUAGGCGAAUCUGGUCCCAUCGCGCCCUGGCGCCUCCUCUUCCUGCUUGAGGGCUUUCCGUCUGUCAUAAUAGCCACCCUCGCCUGGACCAUUAUCCCAGACUCGCCCCAGGCCGCCCGCUACCUGACCGACCGCGAGAAGAGAGUCGCCAAGCUCCGCCUCCGCCAUGAGAAGCCGCAACGGCGUAAGAGCUCCUCCGAUCAGACCAAGUCAUCAUCAGGUCUAAAGACCAAAGAUGUCCUAUCCGUCUUCGCCGACCCGAAGGCCUGGAUCAUGGCCGUCAUGUUCUUCCUGUCGAACAUGGCUUAUGCCUCCCUUCCCGUCUUUCUGCCUACUAUCUUACGGGAGAUGGGACAUACUGCCCUAGAAUCCCAAGCCCUCAGCGUCCCGCCAUACCUUAUCUCUUUCGGGACGGUCCUACUCACAGCCCAUCUAUCCGACCGGAGACAAUACCUGGCCGUCUACCCAGCUGCGAUAGGGUUCUUCAAUGUCGUUGUGCUCAUUAUUGCGUGGAGCAUCAAUAACCAGCCUUCGGAGAGCAGACAAGGCGGUGGGUUUGCGCUGUUGCAGGUCGUGGGACAGUGCGGGCCGCUGGUGGGGGUGAGGUUGUAUCCCAAGAGCGCAGCGCCGUAUUAUGAGAAGGGGAUGACAAUUUGUGCCGGGGCUAUGUUAGGGGUGGCGGUUCUGGCGGUUUCUUUGAGAUUUGUUCUGGUGUGGCAGAAUUGGAGGUUGGAUAGGAAGGAGAAGGGGAUGGGGGGAAACGAUACGGAAGAGGUUAUGGGAUUGGUCGGCAAGAAGAAGGGCGAGAGGAGGGGAUUUAGGUUUAUGCUUUGA